AUGGAUUCUUCAGAUGACCUUGAUGAACGUCGACAACGUAAAUUAGCUCAAAUGUCACGUCGUGAUGAAGAACGUAAAUUAGAUCUUCAAACAAAACAAGAUGAAAGAAAAUUAGCUACAUCAACAAAUGUUGGACGAAAAUAUUUUGAACAAGAAUAUCCAUUAAUGAAAAGUCAAACUGAAGACUUAUUUAGUCAAUUAUCAGUUAAUCAUGAUGAAAAAUUCAUGCAAGAAUUAGCUGAUCGUUUACAACAAAUGGAAAAAUUUAUUACUGAGCAUGUUGAUAUUUUACGUUCACGGGAUAUUGCUAAUGCACAAAGUGAUGUCAUGAAACUUCGUGCACAAUUACAUGCAUUACAAUAUCAAAAUCUUUCAUCAAGUCAUCGUAUGGAUUUUACAAAAAGUAAUGAAGAAAAUUCAAAACAAGAACAUGAAGAAUCAAAUUUAAUAACUCCAUCAACAAACAUAAUUGUUUCAUCAAAUACAAUAAAUAUAUCAAAUAAAAAUAAUGAAUUAAUACGUUUUGAUUCAUCGGCACUUAAUGGAAAAGAUGUUGCUAUUGAAAAUUUAAAACAAUGUGAAUUAUUUCUUAAAGGUGUUCCAUCAUCAUUACAAAUUAAAAAUCUUCAUGCUUGUAUACUUAUUGUUGGUCCUUGUUCACGUUCAAUACUUAUUGAUCAAUGUGAACAAUGUGAAUUUGCAUUAGCAUGUCAACAAUUACGUAUACAUACAAGUAAUGAAUGUGAUUUUUAUGUUCAUAUAACAGCACAACCAAUUAUUGAAGAUUGUCAUAAUUUAAGAUUUGCACCUUAUAAUGUUGAAUAUAAUUUAAAAGAUGAACACAUUAAACAAAGUGGUCUUAUGUGGACAAAAGAUUAUUGGAAUGAUGUACGAGAUUUUAAUCAUAUGAUAGUUGGAAUGCCAUCACCAAAUUGGCAAAUAAUUGAAGAAGAAGAAAGAAAAGAAUGGUCACUUGAUUGA